CUUAAAGAACACCCAACCUGCAGGAUUAUAAAAACGAACAUGACUGGACUCGGUUCUCUUCCCCAGCAGCAGCAAGGAUGCGAGCCCUUUAGAGGCUAGACCGGCAGCACCUAGCGGUGAUACCAGGACUGCAAGCGCGCAUGCGCGCUGGGAGCCCGCCUGAGGCGGGCAGGGCUAGCGUCUCCCGUUUCCCGCCCGCCUCAGCUCGGCUCGCCGUCAACGCCCACCUGCAGAGAAGCGCGAGGACCCCGGUGCGCUGCCCGGGAGCGCAGCCGAGGACUCCGCCAUGCAGUGAUGCACACGCCUCAUACCGCGACAGCCGCCUGCGGAGCAACGCCUGUUGCAGCCUCCAGGCCGCUGCAGAUGCCAGCUGCAGUGAUAGUACUGGCAACACAGUAGCAUCAAGUGCCCAACCAACAGACUCUAUACCGCUGGCAGCAUGCCCGCCAGGCGCCGCCGCCGCCCCGCACUACGUGUCAGAUGCUGGUGUUGAUAUUGCGGCGCUCCGGGCGCUGCUGUCAAACCGGCGGGUAGCGCUGCUUUGGGACCUGGACAAUGUGGACUUUUUCGCCCCCGCCAGCAGCGCACCCCUGCAGCUGCGGCGCAUGCAGGAGCUGGUGGCGGCUGCGGGCGGGCGGCUGGCGCUGUGCCGCGCCUAUGCCAACUACGACACCGCACAGCGGCUGCGGGGCGUGCUGCCGCUGCUGGAGCGCUGGCGGCUGAUGGAGGUGGCGCUGGUGCCAGUGCGCGCGGACGCGGCAGACAUGCGGCUGGUCCAGGACGCCAUGGCCUUUGCCGACACCGCCGCAGCCGGCGGCAGCAGCAACAGCAGCAAUAGCAGCUAUGAGGACAGCGGCAGCGAGUCAGAGGACAGCGGCAGCAGGCGUGGCGGGAGCGGGAGCAGCGUGGGAGGAGGGUUGUGUCUUGGGGAUGAAGAAGAGGUGGACAGCGCGGCGGCCGGGGCGGAGGGGCUGCCUCCGGCAGUGCUGUGUGUGUCGCAGGACACAGACUUCGCGGCGCCUCUGCGCCAUCUGUCUGAGCGCGGCGUGGUCACUAUCGCUGUCAGCCCGCACGAGCCCCGCAGGCGGACGCACGCCGCCAUGGAGCCCGCCACACACUUCCGGCGCCUGCCGCUGCCCUCCGCAUGCUGGGCCGCUCUGCAGUGGCGUGCCCAGCCGCCCGCACCCGUCAGCGCCGCGGAGGCGGCAUGGCUGGCGGAGCGACUGCAGCCGCCGCCGACAAUGAUGGCGUCGACGCAACCACCACACGCGCCGCUGCAGCAAAUGCAGCAGGCGGAGGCGGCAGUCGUGGAAGCGCGGCAGGUGCCAGGUGGCUGGGGUGAUGGGACCGAUUUAAGUGCGGCUCGCAGCAUGGCGUGCCCCCAACAGGAGCCGGAGGCGGCGGCGCCGGCACCCAAGGGCGCUGCUGCUGCGGUGCCACGGGGGCUGGUGGAGUUUGCGCGCGAGGGGCACCCCUGUCCGGGCGCUGCGACGCGCCUGUGGCUGAAUCCUGCGUUUCCAGGGACACCAUGCGUGGAGAAGGCAUUCGGCGGUUGAAAGUGUGCCUUGUCGGUAUUGAGGAUGGAUAACGGCCUUGCGAGCUGGACUGAUACCGUCAUACAUAUCAGUGGCGUUAUGGCGAAAGGGGGGUUGAUGGGCCCCGCUGGUUCAACGCGUUUCCCCUGCCUUUUCCCUUGAUGGUGUGUGGAGGUGCAAGGGUGCUGUUUAUGUCGCCGGUACCCAUCGUCACAUCCCUUGCUCUAGGGGCUGAGCCCCCUGAGCGAAGCGAUCCAGGGGGGGCGAAGCCCCCCAGGAUUGCCCCUGUCCGUGCCUGCCUGCCUGCGUUGACAAAAAGUGCCAAACUGGUGCAAACCGCGAGCGCCACGUAUUAUAAAUUGCUAUUCCCUAUUGUAGAAAAAUAGGCGGCAGGGAAAACUCGGCUGGAGCGAGAAGCGACCUCGCGA